AUGGCAAAGCGGAAGUCUAAAUCUAGGUCUAAGCUUGCAAAAAGAGCCCAAAAUGCUCUCGAAAUUGCUGAGAAAGAGAUGGGAGGAAAUGCUUCUGGAAGUGAUGACGGAUAUGGCAGUGGUGAUGACAACGGCCAUGUUGUGAAUCUGUUGAAGAAAGUGCAAGGAACAAACGGGGAAGACAGUGGCGAAGAGUCAUUUGAGGAUGAAGAGUUGGACUCAGACGCGGCCCUGGGAUCAGACGAUGACUAUGAUGUGUUGGAUUCUAAGAUGUCCCAGGCUAUUCGUGACCGAAGGAAGAAUAAUAAGGAAUCUUUGUCGGAAGAUGAAGCCGGCUACACCUCAAUAGAUGAAGAAGAGCUUGUGCCGUUGUCGCAAGUGUGGGAUAUGGAUGAUAAACAGGAAGAAAGGGAUUCUUCUGAAGCUGAAGAUGCGGAUGAAAAGCUACAGUUGAAAAGUAGCGGAGAGGAGUCCAGCGAAGAGGAUUCUGAGGAGUCUUCAAGCGAUGAUGAAGACGAGGAAGAGGAAGAAGAUCCUUUCGACGAAAUCUCGGAGGAUGACGAGGACGUUGAACUGGCUACAAUUACCAAUGAUCUUCUCAAACAGACUGACUCAAAGCGAAACAGGAAGCUGGACAACUUUGGCAGCGGUAAAGAUAGCGAAUAUAGUCUUCCUUCGAACAGAAGUAUGAAAAAGCUGAACUUGACAGAUAUGAUGGAUGUGGUUGAAGAUAAAGAGGCGGCUGCGAGUGCCAGGUUAAUUCAAAAGGACUCUGCCGCAGUCGCGGUUCCUUUGCCGCAGCGAAUCCAAGAGAGACACAAUCGCAAGGCCGCUUAUGAAAUCUCCAAGCAAGAAGUAGACAAAUGGCAGGAUGUGGUUCAACAAAAUAGACGCGCCGAGCACCUGUCAUUUCCUAUGAAUGCUCCGGGCGAACAGAAUCAUGCUUCCGCUUUCACAAGAUCUACAGAGCAGCCUCGAAGUGAACUGCAGCAGAAAGUUGACAAAGUUUUGGAGGACAGCAAUUUGGUAGAGGAUCAAAAGAAUACAACUUUUGAAGAUCUUGCCACUGCAAAGAUGUCUCCCGAAGAAAUGAAGAAGAGAACUGCUGAAUUGAGAUUGAUGAGGGAACUAAUGUUCAGGGAAGAGAGAAAGGCCAAGAGACUGAAGAAAAUAAAGUCCAAAACUUAUCGUCGCAUAAAGAAGAAGGAAAUGCUGAGAAAUAGGGAAAUGGCAGGCCUAUCGGAUGAAAGCGAUGAUGACCAGGAAGCUGCCAGAGCUAAGGAAAGAAUGACUUUGAAGCAUAGAGCGAAUUCGAAAUGGAGCAAGGACAUGUUCAAGCAUGGAAUGGCAAAUGAUCAGGAAACAAGAGAGGAGAUUGAAGAGAUGUUGAAACAAGGCGAGCGUCUAAAGCAGAAAAUACUGGAUCGAGGUUCCGAAAGCGAGGAAGAUGCAAAAUUGACCGAUGUCGAGGAUGAAGAACAGAAAAGCUCUGAGGACGUUCAAUUAAGGGAAACUGUUGGCAAGACUGGUGUCAUGAACAUGGCAUUUAUGAAGAACGCUGAGGCAAGAGAGCGUGAGGCCAACAAAGAGCUGGUUGCAGAUCUGAGAGCAAUGGAGGCUGCGGACGAUGAAGAGCAAGAUCCAAAGGACGAACUUCUUUUCGACGACGGUUUCAAUAUACACAUCAACAAAGGUAGAAGGGUAUACACGCCAGGAAUAAAUGCAGCGAAAUCUGAUCCAGGGGAGGAUAAGCAGACCACUACUAAGAUAGAAGCAGAAGUUACUGAAGAACGGGCGGUAGAGCUACCGCGCGAACAGCCGACUGAGAAGCAAGCAACAUCAGAUGAACCUAAUCCUUGGCUGGGCACAAGUGAUGAUGAAAACGAUAACAAUGUCGUUCGCUCAGCAAAGGUCUCUAUUGUGGGGAAGGAUAGUUCGAAACUGGUAAAGAGUGCAAAAAAGAUUGAGAAAGCCUCCGACAGACAGCAAGAAAAAUCAGCAAAGAAAGCUCAAAGAGACGAUGAUCUACUGCUCGAUCUGAAUGAUACAAAUCGUUUGCAACUGGUCGAUCCUUAUGGGGAUCCAGAUGACGACAGCAAUAACUUUAUGUUCAAGCAACAAGAAUCGAUCGCGGAAGCAUUUGCUGGUGAUGAAGUUGUCGAUAAUUUCGAGGAAGAGAAGAAGAGGACGGCGAUUGACGAAGAUGACAAGGAGCAAGAUGUGACUUUACCGGGCUGGGGUGAGUGGGCAGGUGCCGGAGCUAACCCUGCGAAGAAAAGGAAGUUUGUCCAGAAGAUUAAAGGUGUAGCUUCUAAGGACAAGAGGAAGGAUAAGAAUCUGAAGAACGUUAUAAUAAAUGAAAGGGCUAACAAGAAAAACCUCAAGUAUCAAUCAUCCGCUGUUCCGUUCCCGUAUGAAAACAGAGAACAGUAUGAGAGGUCCUUGCGGAUGCCUAUCGGGCAGGAAUGGACAUCAAGAGCCUCGCAUCAAAAAAUGAUCAAGCCAAGAAUCCUGACGAAGCCUUCGCACGUCAUAUCGCCAUUGAAAGCACCCUUCAAAUAG